GCUCUCAUGCGUGACCCUCGCUCUCUUAGUUAGCGCGCUAGCUAGCUUAACUCUUUUGGCGCUAUGCAGGGAAGAUGACCAGGUAUUGACUGCAAAGCAGGAUCAGACGCCUUAAGUCAAAUGACGAGCGUGUCUAAUAGGAGAAGAUGUGCGGGUGGCAUACAGAUGGGUGACAGAUUAAAGUGAAAACCUGAAGAAGUAAGACAACAUGAAAGGACUAUAUUGCAAGCUGAGUGAAGCUGGGGAGGUGAAGUUUAUUAUACAGGAGACGAGUGUGCCUACAACUAUUGGAAACCAUCAAGUCAAAGUUCAAGUAAAGGGCUGUGCGUUGAGUCCUGUUGACAUAAAGUUGUGUGAGGAUUUGAAGCUGCAGAGAGAGCACAUCCCUGUUGGAAGGGAGAUUGCAGGAGUUGUACUCCAAGUUGGGCCCAAAGUGACCUUUUUCCAGCCCGAUGAUGAAGUUGUAGGAAUCCUUCCCCUGGAUGCAGAAAUGUCUGGUCUCUGUGAUGUUGUCCUCAUAGAUGAAUAUAAUUUAGUUCAGAAGCCUGAGAAGGUGAGCUGGUUUGAAGCUGCUGGAGCGAUUAAGGAUGCUCUCAGGGCUUACACAGCUCUGCACACUCUGGCCCGGAUGGCCGUGGGACACACACUGCUUGUGCUGGAUGGGGCAAGUCCAUUUGGACUGCUGGCCAUUCAGUUAGCCCACUACCAUGGGGUGAAAGUCCUGGCUACCGCCGUGUCCUUGGAAGACCAAAAGUUUCUAGAACAGCUCCGGCCAAGUGUGGGUGUGCUUGAAUCGCUUGUAGCCAGGGUGAUUGGAGUCUGGGACUCAAAAGUGGACCUGGUAGACUCCUGCCUAGAAGAGACCGGCGGGCUUGGAGUGGACAUAGUCAUUGAUACAGGAGUGCGGCUCUAUGAAGAGGAAUCAGAGGUCAAGAAACAUCUCCCAUACAAACAUGAUAUCAUCAGUCUUCUUGGGGUCGGUGGUCACUGGGUCACCACAGAAGACAACUUGCAACUUGAUCCUCCAGACAGUCGCAAUCUGUUUCUGAAGGCAGCCUCUGUCUCUUUUCUAAAUGAGGAGGUAUGGGAAGCAUCCAGGGCCAGACAGGGCAGAUAUCUUCAUAUAAUGAAAGAUGUGGUUGAGAAGCUAGCAACAGGGACCUUCAGGCCUCUUGUAGAAAAUCCUGUGCCUUUGUAUGAAGCCACUGUUUCCAUGGAGAUGGUGCAGAGAAGACAACUCCGAAAGCGGGUAGUGGUGAAGCUUUAAUGAAGAAGUUUCUGGAACUACAAAUUCCAUCCUUUCACAGUAAAGUGACUUUGGUAACAACUUCAUAAGAGUAUACUGACUUUUUCAGCAGCCAGUAAUGUGCAUAUGUAUGUGUUGCACUAUGUAAGGUAUGUCAAUGAUCACUUUUUAAUUUUUCAUAGAUUGCAGACGUGUACUUUUUCUAUUUAAUUUUUUUUAUUGGUUACUACUGACUUACUACUUUGUUUGUGGUAAAGAUCAGACAUUGUCUAGGUAAACAUUUAUAUGUAAUUUUACAAAAUAUGUGACAUUUCUAUAGCCUCACUUGAGCCCCACUAAAAUGAGAUGUGACUCUGCUAUUGUAUAAAAAUUAUAAAACUGAACUGAUUAAACAUUUUAACAAACUGAAAACACUGCUUGUACUUCAAUCAUUUUGACAUCGUCCUCUGGUUUGCCCUGCAGUGUAUUUCAGGCUGCGUAAACACUAUCUGUGUACUGAUAUGCUUUUGUCUUUCCCAAACUUGUUAUAAACUACAGAGCUGGUCUUAGAUCAGCAUGAUCAUGCCACAUUUUCAUGCCCACA